CGAUUUUUACAAAAAAAAAAAAAGAUUAUUUUUUUCGCAACAUUUUGAUUUACUAUGUGUUAUAACACCUCUGCACACUGCACGAACAAAGCCGAAGAUAACGUCAUACAUUUAGUGUCAUAAAUAUUAAUAAGUUUCGUAAUUUACGUCAUGUGGGUGCGCAAUUGAGUCAUGUGGGAGCAAACGUGGAAUCGGGAAUGUAUCAGCAAUUCUAUUUGCGUUAAUAUCUAUCCCUCGCUAGUGGCAGUCGAAUCUAACGCGCUUAAAGUAAAGUUGCGAGUAUGUUUAUCAGAAUUUGUUUGUUCAUCUCCGCGAUAAACGCGGUUGUCAGCGUGUAUACGACAAUCAGCAGUAAGGCUAACAAUGUUACGUUCAAGUAUAUGAAAGGAGUUCAGGGGGAGAGUGAUUUACAUCUUUGUGAAUCUCACGAGGUAUGCAACGUGGUCCACAACCGGUUUUGGAUGUCCGGUUUGACGGAAAGACUGUGCCGUUGUACCGAUGGAAGGGAAUGUCCGUGGCAGUGGACGAAAACUCUGGACAGUUCAUCCGCAAUACUCAAUAACAGAUCGGUUCUGAAGUUCUGUACACAGAUAGUGGAGCUGGAAACGUGCGCGCACAAACAGGACGCGGUGAUAGUGCACGGAGAAGGCAAUACGAGCAACAGUUACAUAAUACCAUAUAACGCAACGGUGAAUUGCAAGUGUCCGCAGACACAUUACUGGAAGUUACAACAAUAUACGUAUGAGCAAUACGGUCUUGUUCAAGUGUUUAGGUGUGUCAAGAAGAGAAGGUGUGAGACUUUGGACUUUUGCGGCUACAUUCGAGCUGACCUGUACUCGACAUAUUAUAGAUGCACAUGCCCGGAGAAGCAUUUGUGCAUUUUCAAGGAUAAGAUAAAAGUAAACGUGCAGGAGUUACUUUACUCAGGCCCCGCUUACAUGGCUUACUGCUACCGCUCGUAAAGGCAUCAAUACAAGAUUCAAUAAAUCAAAACGAAACGCUGUUGAAUGUGCCUGAUAACUUAUAACAUAUGUAAUUAUAUGCGAAGUAAUGCAAAGUAACAUAAGGCUCCUGGCUCCUCGCCGACGAUGACGUCAGAAGCGAGAAGAUACAUGCUAAAUAUUCGUGCAAGACACAUAGAAAUAAAAAGAUGUAUUCAUAAAAUGACACAAUCAAAUCAAUCGAAGAUAUAUAGAAUAGUUCGAAAAUUUUCUUUUCUUUUCUUCUAACAAUAAAUAAACUAUAAAAUGAACAUGACAAAAUCAUGAAGAAACAUAAGUUGAGAGGGUAGGUUGUGUUACGUUAAUUUUACGGCAAUUCAUUGUUUGUUAGAGCAAACGGAAAACACACGUUCAGACUAUUUUGCAAACGUGUCAUUUUAUGGGUAUACGUUUUUACUCCAACAUAUUUUGCAAGAAUUUUUAUCGUAUAUUUUCUUGCCUCUGACGUCGUCAAUCGAAAGAUCCGUGGCGAGCAGCCAACAGCCAUAAAUACUGGCGAGAAUGUAUCCACGAUAAUAAAUGCAAACUUGGGCGAA